GCCGUGGCGGCGGCGCCGCCCCUUCCGUGAGGGCGGCGAGGCGGAGGAGCGGCAAGAUGGCGGCGGCGGCCGUGCUGGAGCUGCAGCGCGCGCAGUCCCUGCUCUCCACCGACCGCGAGGCCUCCAUCGGCAUCCUGCACUCCAUCGUGAAACGUGAUGUCCAGGAGAACGAUGAGGAAGCAGUGCAAGUCAAGGAGCAGAGCAUCCUGGAGCUGGGAUCGCUGCUGGCCAAGACUGGGCAGGCAGAAGAGCUGGGAGGACUCCUGAAGUACGUCCGGCCCUUCUUGAACUCCAUCAGCAAAGCCAAGGCCGCCCGUUUAGUCCGGUCCCUGCUCGACCUGUUCCUGGACAUGGAGGCAGCCACGGGACAGGAGGUGGACCUGUGUUUAGAGUGCAUUGAAUGGGCCAAAUCAGAGAAGAGGACUUUCCUACGCCAGGCUCUGGAGGCCAGGCUGGUCUCUCUCUACUUCGACACCAAGAGGUACCAAGAAGCUUUGCAACUAGGCUCCCAGCUCCUUCGGGAAUUGAAAAAGAUGGAUGACAAGGCACUGCUGGUGGAAGUGCAGCUGUUAGAGAGCAAGACUUACCAUGCCCUGAGCAACCUGCCAAAAGCAAGAGCAGCCUUAACCUCGGCACGGACCACGGCCAACGCCAUCUACUGUCCCCCCAAGCUGCAGGCAGCGCUGGACAUGCAGUCAGGUAUUAUCCAUGCAGCAGAAGAGAAGGACUGGAAAACAGCCUAUUCAUAUUUCUACGAGGCAUUUGAGGGAAAUGAUUCAAUUGACAACCCAAAAGCCAUCACUGCUCUGAAGUACAUGUUGCUGUGCAAAAUCAUGCUGAACAGCCCAGAAGAUGUGCAAGCAUUAGUGAGUGGGAAGCUUGCUCUGCGGUAUGCAGGAAGACAGACAGAAGCACUAAAAUGUGUGGCCCAGGCCAGCAAGAACCGGUCGCUGGCAGAUUUUGAAAAGGCCCUGACAGACUAUAAGGUGGAGCUCAGGGACGACCCCAUCAUAAACACUCACUUGGCCAAGCUCUAUGAUAAUUUAUUGGAACAGAACCUGAUCAGAGUCAUUGAACCCUUCUCCAGAGUACAGAUUGAACACAUAUCCAGCCUCAUCAAACUCUCAAAGGCUGAGGUAGAAAGGAAACUGUCACAGAUGAUCCUGGACAAGAAGUUUCAUGGAAUCCUCGACCAGGGCGAGGGUGUCCUGAUCAUCUUCGACGAACCCCCCGUAGACAAAACUUACGAGGCCGCCCUCGAGACGAUUCAGAACAUGAGCAAAGUAGUGGAUUCGCUCUACAACAAAGCCAAGAAGUUGACAUAGAGUUGAAUUUGCUAGCUGUCAUUUGGAGAGUGUGUGUGAACAAGGAGAGUGAAACCUUUGGGAAAAUGUUAGGAGACUUUUUUUU